UGCACAUCAUUAUCACUAUUUAUUCUUGAGUUGGUAUUAUAAUUCUGUAUCCCUAUAUAUGCAUUCUGAUAUCUUUGUAUGCUUCUGGACAGAAAAACCAUUUGUCUGGCUUGCACAAACCUUAUUUGAAGCUAUCUUUUGACACGGUUCAACAAUUAAUUGAUGUGAAGAGUGACCUAUUGCAUGUCGUUCAAAGAAACCAGGAAAAAUUUGAUGCUGCAGAAGCAUAUGAGUCCAUUAUAGCAGGGAAAAGAAAACAAAGGCCUCAAGAUUUUGUAGACUGUAUUGUUGAUCUCCGCGAGUAUGAUGUUCCUUAUCAUGUUCGAUUUGCCAUUGAUAAUGAUGUACGAUGUGGGCAAUGGUAUGACGUUAGUGUAUCCAGUACUGGUCUUAUGCUGGAAAAGAGGACAGAUCUUUUGCAACGUGCUGAAGUGCAUGUUUGUGCAUUUGAUAUUGAGACUACAAAGCUUCCUUUGAAAUUUCCUGACGCUGAAUACGAUUUAAUAAUGAUGAUUUCGUACAUGGUUGAUGGACAAGGGUACCUGAUUAUUAACAGAGAGCUUUCCUGAUAAGAAAAGAGUUGGGGGAGAUAACGUGGAUAGUUCCUUUGAAGCCUCAGACCGAAUAAAGAUGGAUAUGGGGCACUUAGAGGACCAUAUCAAAACCAAUAAGAAGCAAUCCCCUAAGGCUGAAGUUCAAAAUUCUUUAAAGCAAGAGAUUCUACAACUUGAGAAGAGAUUACAAGACCAAUUUGAGGUCCGCCGGGCUUUGGAAAAUGCAAUGGGAUAUAGGUCUUCCUCUCAGGAUAAUACAACUGGAACAGUAAUGCCCAAGCCAGCCACAGAGUUAAUCAAGGAAAUUGCAGUGUUAGAGUUGGAAGUAGUGUAUUUGGAGCAAUAUCUUCUGUCCUUGUACCGGAAAGCAUUUGAUCAACAAAUAACUAUAUCUCCAUCUUCCAAGGAUGACAGAUUAAAAUCACCUAUAAAUACUCCAAGAGCAAGGAUCCACAAAGCUUCCAGACUUGAUAUUACAUCAAAGAGGGAAAGUUCAGUUGCACAAACUGGUUGUCAGUCGCUUGACAACCCAUGGAAGGAAUCCAAUGGAAUUGGUGGGGAGGAGAAGCUAUUAGAUUCUGGUGUUCAUCGCUGUCACUCCUCAUUAUCUCAACGUUCAGUGUAUUCGACUAGGACUUCACCUCCAGUUGAUUCUUUGUCUAAGGCUUUACGCGCUUGUCAUUCCCAACCUUUGUCCAUGAUGGAGUAUGCUCAGAAUACUUCGUCAAGUAUAAUCAGUCUGGCAGAGCAUUUCGGUACCCGCAUCUCUGAUCAUGUUCCAGAAACACCUAACAGGCUUUCUGAGGAUAUGAACAGUAAUGCCCAAGGCAGCAUAUAACAUUGGGGGUCACAUCAUCAGUGCAGACACUAUACAGAGUUCUGUCCUAGGUUGCAGAAUGUCUCGUCCUGGGCAGAAAUAAUGAAGCAUUAUGUGCGGAGAUGGUGCAAGAUUUCAUCAGAUGUGGGCAUUCGAUCCAUUAUUGACUGGUCUUAUUACAAGCAAAGGCUUAGUUCAGCAAUUCAGAAAGUUAUUACCAUUCCUGCAGCAAUGCAAAAGGUUGCGAAUCCCGUCCCUAGGGUACUGCAUCCUGAUUGGCC